CAUUGCAUCCACUUCCCAUCAGCUCUCCACAAUGAAAGGGCUAGUGGGGGAUGGUGAUAGCAGGAGAAAGUGAUGAAGGCAAGGCUAAAGACUGUAUAUGUAGAGAAAAGAGAGAGAGGGAGGGGGAAGGGAGUCACAGCAGUGGAGUAGGCAUCGGCAAAACCCUCAUAGUGGAUCGAGCCAGUAGAGCCGUCACUGUUACAGCGCAACACAGGGAGCUUCCAUCAGAAGAAGAACCAUCUCCUUACACAGACGCACACACAUACAGAGACACAGCAAGGCACGAGGCAGGCAAGGACUGUCAGAUGAGCUCAUUCUCCAUGUGAGUCUAAAAGGAGAGAGUGAAGAGUUCAGGGGAAACACCUGCUGUCUAACUUUCUUGUGUGUCUUGUGUUUUAAUGAGAGAAGACAUGCCUGUCCUCUCACCCAACAUGGGCCUACAUGAGAUACUAGCAUUGCUCACGUCUCAGCUGCACCCUGGAGCAAAUCACAAAGAGGACCUGGUGUUCCUCCGAGAGGUUUUCAGUGAGAGGAGCCUUGGCUACCUAAUGAGAAUUCAUGAGCGCCUCAGGCAGUACGAACAGCAGAGUCCGACGCCGGUGCUCCACAGUGCUUCCUGCCUGGCAGAGGAUGUGGCUGAGGAGCUGCAGAACGGGCCACUAGAAGGAGAUGAGAAGGAGCUGCUUAUGCUUCUGACUACUCCACAUGUGAAGGCUGUGCUAACAGUGCACGACACAGUAGCUCAGAAGAACUUUGAUCCCGUGCUGCCUCCAUUGCCUGAUGAUCUAGAUGAUGAGCUGGAGGAGGAGUCGGUCAAGAUUGUUCGUCUAGUAAAGAGCAAGGAGCCUCUAGGGGCGACCAUCCGCAGGGACGAGGUCACUGGAGCAGUGGUGGUCGCCAGGAUUAUGAGGGGCGGGGCUGCCGACCGCAGUGGGCUGGUGCACGUGGGAGAUGAGCUAAGGGAAGUCAACGGAAAUCUCAUCACCCACAAGGGGCCUGAUGAGAUCAGUCAAAUCUUGUCUCAGUCUCAGGGCUCCAUUACUCUGAAGAUAAUCCCUGCCAUUAAGGAGGAGGACAAACACAAGGAGAGUACGGUCUACUUAAGGGCCCUAUUUGACUACACCCCAUUUGAAGACAAGGCCACACCCUGCCAAGAGGCAGGACUUCCUUUCCAGCGAGGUGACAUCCUGCAGGUGGUGAGUCAGGAUGACCAUACAUGGUGGCAGGCCAAACGUGUGGGUGAUAGCAACCUGCGUGCUGGCCUUAUCCCGUCAAAACACUUCCAACAGAGGCGCCUGGCACAUCAGCUGAAAACUGGCACUUUCCAGACUCCCAAGUCACCAAGUGUACAGCCCUAUGACCAGGCUUGUGAUAAAGAGGACUGUGACUGUGAGGGCAGUGGACAGCACAUAGUUGUAGUCUCUCCAAAGUGUAAGGCGGUGGCACCCACCUGUGGUCAGGCCUUUUCCUGGGAAUUCUAUUCAGCAAGUCUUAGAAGAAGUUUCCGGUUAAGUCGUAAGGAUCGACACAGCUCUCCUAAAGAUUCUCAGCCUGCAGAGUCUGAAGAAUCCAAGUUUCUUGUUUAUGAAGAGGUCACACGCUAUCAACAGAAGCCUUCAGACAAACCCAGACUGGUGGUGUUAAUCGGGUCUCUGGGUGCUCGAAUCAAUGAACUGAAACAAAGAGUGAUUGCUGAGAACCCACAUCGAUAUGGAAUAGCUGUGCCACACACCACUCGGCCCAGGAAGAGCCAUGAAAAAGAGGGUGUUGAUUACCACUUCAUCUCAAAGCAGGCCUUUGACGCAGACAUUCAGAGCAACAAGUUUAUUGAGUAUGGAGAAUAUAAGGAUAAUCAAUAUGGGACGAGUUUGGAGUCAGUUCGGAGUGUUUUGGCCAGAAACAAGAUGUGUUUGGUGGAUGUUCAACCUGAGGCUCUAAAAAUCCUUCGCACAGCUGAGUUUAAGCCCUAUGUGAUAUUUGUCAAGCCAUUCAUCCCUGAGAGCCAGCACCACUGCAGCAGAGCCACAUCACCAUCAGGAGGGGACAGUGGACACCUCACGGAGGAAGAGCUUCAGGAGAUGAGUCAUUCAGCCGAACAGCUGGAGCACCAAUACGGCCACCUAGUGGAUAGGGUCCUAGUGAAAGAAGACUCCACCAGCGCUUGUGCAGAGCUCAGGAGCAUCCUCGAGCGACUGGAGAGGGAGCCGCAAUGGGUUCCAGUCAGCUGGGUCCGAACAUGAAUCUUUUGUCCGCCUGUAACAGGGCGCUCAUAAACCUGACAGCCUCUGUGUCAACCACUGAAGCGCAUCUAAAAUACUAUUUCGUAGCUGUGCUAAUAGAGCCUCAAGUCUUGCAUGAAUUAGUGUCUGAACAAAUUACAUCCAUCAUUCAGGGCUCAGGCUCAACAGUGCAACUGAGGAGCAUUAAACACGAGCGUCCAUGCAAACAGAUAUUUCAUGUACAGACAAACUGUUACUUAUUUACAGUACAAGUCAGUAUAAGGAGUAAGAGUUUACCUGUGCUCCUUAAAUAGUUUAUUAAAUGAGGAAUAUGAUUGUUACUUAUUAAUUUUUGGUUCUAUCUCAAAUGGAGGCUGAAUAAGCACAUGGUGCCUGAUGCAACACAACAAGUUAAUACCCUAACAAGCUUUUAUUUUUAAUGCAGGCAGCACAGUGGCACAAGGGGUAGUUACGCCUUCACAGCUCCAGGGUCUCCUGAGAUUCUGUUCAUGUCGUUCCUUUAUCUAUGUGGGUUUUUUCCAUGUUCUCUGCUUUCCUUCCACUGUCCACAAACAUGCCACAUGCCAUGACUGUCAGUAGGUGGAAUGGGUUUGUUAAAUUGACCCAGAUGUAAAUCAGUGAGCCAUCCAAUGCUCCCUGAAUUUCAAAUCCUACAUUUUCUUAAGGGCUGAGCUAAAGGUAAAAUACAUCCCAAGAAGAGUCCGAUAUUACCUGACAUUUUCCCUCCGAACAGAAGUACAUAAUGAGCUGUAUCAUCAGAGCAGAAGUGCAGGAUGAGAACAGAGACAGCUCAGCUAGAAGUCAGCCUUAGCUGUUCAACAAUACUUUUAAUAGCAUGUUAUUCCUCCCAAAAGGACAUGGCAGUGUAGAAAUGGGUUGAAGUAGAAAUCAGAGUGAGCAUGAACAACUUUCUGUUACUUCUUAGCUAAUGAAGCCAAUAAUAAAAUGCCAGUGUUUUUUUUUAAAAAUAAGACACAUGCAUAAACUUACAUUAUAAAUUAUAUUCCCUAUACUGAAAGAAAAUUUUCAGUAAAUGUUUUUACAUGCUCCUAUAAAUAAUUAAAAACAUGUUAUAUUGACCAUUGAAAGUCUUAGGUGUCGUCUACAUGAAGUUUAGAAAAAGUCUUCUAUAUGAGAGGUCAGUGCUAAUAUGAUGAAGUGAGGAGAAAUGUGUCAUGUUUACUUCAUAUUCUGCAUCCUGUCUAUAUGUGAUGACUAUAUAUAUAUAUAUUUAUAUAUACAGUAUAAAUAUAUCCCGGUGUUAUGUAAUGUUAUAUCAUAUUACAUGUAUAUUUGCAAGUCAUAGUGGGAGCAUUGUUAGGUAAAUUAGAUAUUUAUUACCCUUGGGUCAUUAAUGUUUAUGAAUCCUAUAUAGUCUAUAAAAACUAUAACCAUGGAAGAUGUGUUGGUUGAUUAUCUGGAUUGUCUUAAGUUGCCAAAAUAUUGCAGAAUAUUCCAAUUUAAACAUACGAAACCAUACAAAAUCAGAGUACUCAGGAAUGAGGUAUGUUAAAACCUUGGGGUCAUGUAAUAAUGGUAUGCAAUGGCUUUAUAACCCUUAAAAUGUUUUAAUAUGAAUAUAAAUGUGUCAUCCUUUUGACUGAACAAGUGUGCUAAUAGAUAGAUAUGGGCAUGAUAUUGUAAAUCUCUUAUUUUUAUAUUAAUGUGUAAGAAGAUGAGAUAAAGAGACACUCUAAUAAAGUGAGAAUUUCAAAGAUCUUUUUGUGUGUUGGCUGUGGAUGAUGGUCAUUAAAUCAUUUUUUUUUA